CUAUAUAUAGUUUAACACUAUUACAUGGUAAUUUUUUCUGCACACUUACUUUAAAGUAUAGAAAUCCGCAUCCACCACAGAAAAUGUUUCUGAAAAGCAGACCGAAAGCCGCUUCUCGUUUUGAACUUGAGUGUAGUAAAUAAAUUGUUUUGACCCUCCGCAUGAAUGAAAACCAGAAGAGCGGUCUGUAACUCACUGUUUAUGUGCUUAAAGGGCUGUUGGGGCAAUUACAGUGUAUCAUAAAGGUUUACUAUUUUAGCACUUGAUCUCCUUUUCGAUACCUUGUUGCUUUUUGCUUUUAAAUGGGCUACGUGUCUUACCAGGCUUUGCGGCUCAGUGACAAAGUGUGUUCACGAAGUCAGCGGUCGUAAACACAAUGCUGUUCAAGUUAAAUUCAGUUUUUAUCCGUUUACAUUUCCAAAAAGACCGAUCGGGUUUAUGUAGAUUUGACUUUUAAAAAAAUGUAGUAGCUUGAAAAAGAUAUGGGACACAAGGGUUACGUGCGCACAGAGGGAGGAGUCAUCGGUGCUCGUUGCGAUUUAAUUGGCUGUUAGCUCACACUGAGUUGUAUAGUUAUCAGUAAUUAUAUUCAGAAUGUUUUGCACAAGAAAUGUCAUCCAGAAAGGGCAAUCUUCUUCCACCGUCAAAUUAUACCACAAAGAUGUCAUGCUCCGAUAGUCCAUCUGGAAAUUCGUUUUUGGUAGAUUCUUUGAUCCACGGAAGGGCCGAGGGAAGUGGACACUACUACCAAAACAGCGGAGUCUACUUGCAGCCGACCUCCGAAUAUUCUUAUGGACUGUCUAACUGUGGCUAUUUUUCGGGACUCAAACGGAACGAGAGCAAUUCGCAAAAUGUAGUACCUACAUGUGGUCCAUAUCAAGGCAUGGAAACAUGGCUGGAGACGUCGAGGUCCUGUCGCAUAGAACAGCCUAACAACCAAAUUACCCCACGGUCGUUCUCGCCCACCAUAAAAGAGGAAAACUCUUACUGCUUAUACGAGUCUGAGAAGUGCCCAAAAGACACCAUUACAGAGGAUAUAUCGUACUCGCGGCUGACACCAAACUCAUGUCCAUCUAGCAACAAUAACGGCUGUGUUCCGGUGCCCGGUUACUUCCGUUUGUCUCAGACAUGCACCACAUCUAAGGGUUUUCCAGACAACCAGACUUUACCGACUCAUGUUGCGGCUCAACGCUCGACCCGAUUUGACAGCUCUCUUUCAGCCAUAGCAGCCGAAGCAAGCCGGGAAGAGAGCGACGUGCCCCCCACAUGCGCACCAUGUGCCCCGGGAAGAAACAAGGAGCUAAGGGGGUCCACUGGCACCGCUUCAUCUCCAGAACCACCGGACAGCCCGGAGAAGGCGGUCACUGUAACUAAAGGAGAUUCCAAAAGUGAGAGUACAGCUAACUGGCUGACGGCGAAGAGUGGCCGCAAGAAGCGUUGCCCCUACACCAAACAUCAGACUUUAGAGCUGGAGAAGGAGUUUCUCUUCAACAUGUACUUGACACGAGAACGUCGCCUCGAGAUCAGCCGCAGUGUUCACCUCACAGACAGACAAGUCAAAAUAUGGUUUCAAAACCGACGGAUGAAGCUGAAGAAGAUGAGUCGAGAAAACCGAAUCCGCGAGUUGUCGGCCAACUUCAGUUUUUCAUGAAGCCUCUCACAUUAUAGGUCUCUGGCGCCCUCCUCCAUCAGCUGCAGUGGUAGUCUACUUGCAUCCAACCGUCUCCGUAGGUGUGUGCAUAUAUGACUUGUGCAAGAUACUAUUGAUAACUUAUUGUGUGUCGUAUACUGUUGACGUUUUUAUCUGUUUAUGUAUAAUUUUAUUUGACAACCCAGUCGUCAUAACAUGUCAUGGUUAUUUAUAAACUGUCAAAAGCACUUCACUGUAAAGCAAGAGAGGAAAAUAUCAAAUGCUAAAGGUGUUCAUUGUACAUAGCAUUCUGAUUAUAUUGUACAUUUAUUGUAUAUAACUGCGAUAUUUGCAUGUUGUAAUAAUAACUAAUAUGAAGCGAAUUUUAAAUAAUAACGUUUGUUUAUAAGUACGACCUUGUCAUGUUUGCUGUUCUAGGCAUAAUUUGAGGAGUCCAGUUCUUUAAAAUGUAGAAAUUUGUAUAGAUGCAGACACGACGGAAUUACUGUAUUAUAUUAACAGCAUUCAAAUGUACCAUCUUUCUGGAAAUACAGGCCGAGAAGAUGGACUCGGGUGUAAAAUAAAGAUUUAUACGUGACAGAAAAUAAAUAAAGGCAUGUACAUGAAAA